AUGGCCUCCUUUGCUGCAGUGAAUGCAGACUUCGGCUUUGACCUCUUCCGAGAGAUGGAUAACAAUCAGGGAAAUGGAAAUGUAUUCUUUUCCUCUCUGAGCAUCUUCACAGCCCUGGCUGUGGUCCGGUUGGGCGCACGAGGUGACUGUGCUUCUCAGAUGGACAAGGUCCUCCGCUACAACAGACUCUCAGGACGUGGAAACUCUUCCAAUGCUCAGCAAGGACUCCAGUCUCAACUGAAUAGGCUUGUCUCUGAUAUAAACACACCCCACAAAGAUUAUGAACUCACCAUGGUCAAUGGCGUUUUUGCAGAAAAAGUGUUUGACAUUCAUGAGGACUAUAUUAAGUGUGCCGAAAAAUUAUACCAUGCCAAAGUGGAACGAGUUGACUUUACAAAUGCUAUACAAGACAGCAAAUACAAAAUGAAUAAAUGGGUUGAAAAUGAGACACAUGGCAAGAUCAAGAACAUCAUUGGCGACGAAAGCUUCAGCUCAUCUGCAGUGAUGGUGCUAGUGAAUGCGGCGUACUUCAAAGGCCGGUGGGAGUCGGCCUUCCCCAAGGGCGACACCUUGCAUUGUCCCUUCAAGUCUCCCCAGUGUCCUGGGAAAAUAGUCGCCAUGAUGUAUCAGGAGCGGAAGUUCAAUUUGUCCAUCAUUCAGGACCCAAACAUGCAAGUUCUUGAACUCAGGUAUCAUGGGGACGUAAGCAUGUACAUAAUGCUGCCCAAGAGUGACCUCUUCCAGAUUGAAAACCAACUGACAUUUGAGAAUCUAAUGAAAUGGACCAAUCCGCAAAAAAUGAGCCAACAGUAUGUCAGAGUGUUUCUUCCUCAGUUCAAGAUGGAGAAGGAUUAUGAAAUCAAACGCCAUUUGAAAGCCUUGGGGCUGACAGAUAUCUUUGAGGAGUCCCGAGCUGAUCUGUCUGGCAUAGCUUCAGGGGGUCGCCUGUAUCUGUCAAAGCUGGUGCACAAGUCACGCAUCGAGGUGAAUGAGGACGGCACCGAGGCAGCGGCUGUCUCCGGAAACAACAUUGUCGAAAAGCUGCUCCCCGAGUCUACAGUGUUCAGAGCCGAUCACCCAUUCUUAUUUGUCAUCAGGAAGAAUGACAUCAUCUUGUUUAGUGGCAAAGUCUCUUGCCCUUGA